GUGCCGCAGCUGCUUUUAUUUUGAAAGCCGUCACCGGAUGUUGUCUUCCUCGUUGCGUCCGGUUUGACUCCGAGCAGGCAGCCGCAGAAGAAGAAGCAAAACUGAGAGGCAGCAGGACUGGAGCAAACCCAGCAGUCUCAGCCUCAUGCUUCACUCUGGGCACUUCUCCUCCUCCUCCUCCUGCUGCCCGCUAUCGUCAACAUUGUGACAAUAUUUAUUUUGUAUUUGUAUUAUUUAGCCACAAAAAAAGCAACAAAAAAAGUGGAGGGGGGGAGAAGGGUCGCCGAGUCAUGGAGCUUUAUUGCCUGGAGUCGGACAUAGUCGUGAGAGCCCAGCCUGACCCAAACAUCCUCUAUGAUGACAGAGUGUUGCAAAGUUUAUUAACAAUUGAGGACAAUUUUUUACCUCAAUGCUCUUACUUCCAGCGGGUCCAGAAGGAUAUUCAGCCUUAUAUGAGACGAAUGGUUGCAGGUUGGAUGCACGAGGUGUGUGAAGAGGAGAAGAGUGAUGAAGAUGUCUUCCCUUUAGCCAUUAAUUAUUUGGACCGGUUUUUAGCGGUGAUGCUCACAAGAAAGAGUUAUUUGCAGCUUCUGGGAGCUGUGUGCAUAUUCCUGGCCUCCAAGUUAAAGGACUGCAGCCCGCUGUCAGCGGAAAAACUCUGCAUGUACACAGACAACUCCAUCACACCACGGGAACUGCUGGACUGGGAGCUGGUCGUGCUGGCGAAGUUGAAGUGGAACAUGGCCUCGGUCAUCCCCAAUGAUUUUAUAGAGCACAUCAUGCGCAGGCUCCCCCUCCCCAAAGACAAGCUGGUGAUGGUCCGCAAACACACGCAGACAUUCAUCGCCCUCUGUGCCACAGAUGACCGCCUUGCCAUGAACCCUCCUUCCAUGAUCGCCACUGGCAGCAUGGGAGCGGCGGUCUGUGGCCUGCAGCUGGACCACAGUGACCAGAGGCUGAGUCGAGACAACCUGACACACCUGCUGGCCAAGAUCACCAACACAGAGGUGGAUUGUUUGAGGGCGUGCCAGGAGCAGAUAGAGCGCGUGCUGGCCACCAGCCUGCAGCAGGGCCAGCAGUACCGGCAGGAGACCGGCAUCAGAGCUGGCAACAAGGCGAGGGAGCAGCAAGACCAGUCCAGCACCCCCACAGAUGUACGUGACGUCAACUUAUGAACUCGCGCACAUCACUCACGCCUGUUUACCAAUGAACUUACUGGAGCGAGGGAGGCAUGAGCUGCCAGUAUCUGCGCCACAUCGGCGAAGGUGUGACAAUCUAUGAACUUUUAGAAAAUAAGAAAUUUCUAGUUUUUUCUCCUUUUUGCCCCAUUCAUACCCGGUUGGGUGUACGGUCACCUUGUGUACGGGCCACAUGUAAUCAAACAACUAUUUAAAAAAAAAAACAACAAAAAAAACAUCUUGAGAACUUGAUAGUGCCUUAGGUUUCCCAGGAUGUAAACCUGAAUAUAUUUUCCGACUUGAAAAACAAAAUACAUACAGCAUAAUUCCAUGAAAUAUACAUAUUUCUUUUGAUAAAACAUAGUAUAAAUAAAUAUGAUAAAUAAUGUAUAUUUAGCUAGCAUUUAGUUAUGUUACUCUUUUAUCAUCUUUAGUGAGCAGUUAUCAAUUCACCUGUGCAGGAAAACUCCUAUAGUAAUAAUGCUGAUUGAGUAGAUGGCAUCCAAACCAAGCUGAUAUCCAGUCAGAGCUAGCGAGCUAGCUGCUCUCUAGCGCUAUCUAUCAAAUUGUGCACCUGUAGCACUGCUUACUAUUUAUGCUGUCAAGUGCUGGCCAGGAGUGGGCUGGGCCUGCUCACAGAGGAAGGACAUGAGGGGCUUUGAGUGGUUUGGAGCAGUGGCUUCUGUUAAAAGUCAACAGAGGACAAGGUCAGUUAUUACGGUCUUGAUUUCACUGCCAAAUCCAGUACAGUAUGCUAACUGAACGACAUGUAUAUGUAUUAUAAUUCAGCGAGGCGACAUUAUUAUUCUGUUCUUGUUCUAGCUCCUACAUGUUAGCGAGUGUUUGGGAGAUGGUUUGCAGGCGAUUUUAUGCCUCAGCUAGGUAGAUGUCAUGUUACUAGAGGAAAAGGAUAUUUGGCAAGUUUGUGAGAGGAAAUGGAAGCAGGUUGAAGGUUUUCUUGUGAGGUUUUUUUUUUUUUUUGUUGGAAAAGAAACGCAGGUGGAAAGGGUGUGGGGGGGGGGGGGGAUGCUAGAAGUGUAGAUUGAUGAAUGACAGCGAAUUGGCGAGGAAGUUAACUUAAGCUAUGUAAUGUUUCUGCAGUUGCACGUUACUUGAGUGACACACAGGAGGAGGAGGAAUCCCUGGUGAUGUCCGGAGGGGAUCAGAUUAGUUGUGCUGCAGUUUCUCCGGUUAUCAAUUUCCAUUUCUCCGAACAAUAUUGAUGCACUUUUAAAAACACACUCCUUAAGAAUGGUAAGGGGAUGGUGGUUGAGGAGAGUUCAGUGGGUUGUUAGGACCUUUUUUUUUUUUUUUUUUUUUUUCCUGUAAGUUAUUCGAUUUUUAAAAAAAAAAAAUUCUGGGCUGGAUUCCCAUGGGGUAACGCACAUUGUCUUGAAAGCUACGCCCCGACAGGUGAGAAGACAGAAUAAUCGGUGUUAUGGUAUAAUAGAAUAUAAACUAAUGCUGUGUUCGCGCCAAAUGCAAAAGUUUGAUUGCGGGAUCGCAACUGCAGCUUCAUUGGCUGGUUUACUACGGCUGUAGGAACAAAAAAAACAGCAGAUUGUGCCGUAAUUCAAUGGCAGAAAGCAUGCCGAGUUAACUACGUAAUAAUGCCCACAUACGGCUUUUUACCACCAUAUCCGAUUCAACAAAGUCUGAACGUCGGUGACCGCAGGAGGAGAAUCUCGACUCUGACAGGUUCUCGUGAAUUUCUCUAUUUGUGUCUUUGCAUUGACUUUACACGUUUGUGGCGUGAACACAGCAAAUUGAAAACCAAGUCACUUGUAGACUUCUUUUUUUUGAUUCAGUGCGUUUAUUUAACCUUACUUGAAUUUUUGUGAAUCCAUAACCAAAACCUUCCAACAGUUCUUUCAAAGAGUUACACACAUACGUGUCCAUGUUUUUGCUCUUUUUAUGUAAACUGCUCUCUGAACUGAAGUUUUAAAAUGAGUUUUCUCCAUUGUAGAUGUGGGUAAGUAGGGGUUUACAUUGUGUCAACAUUUUUGACUGUAUAUAACCAAAUUCCCUAUGAGCAGAAAUGCUAAAAAAAAUAUAGUAACUACAUUUUAGAACAGAAAUGUAGUUUCUAAAUUGUAUUCUUGCAUGUUCUGUUGUGCAAAAAGCCAAAUGUUUUUUUUUUUUUUUUUUUUUUAAAAAAAGUGCUUCAAACAGAAAAAAUGUUUAAGCUUUUAAAGGUUUUGUGUAUAAUUUGAAAGAGAUAAUUCCAAAGUGAGACAAUUUGAUCAUACACAUCAUUCUUUUGCUGCUAUGAAGCUUUUGUUUUUCCAGUCUUACACAAAGAUGCCUUAUAUUGAUUCACUUGUGUGCUGCUAUAUUAUGAAAUGUUGUAUAUGUAACAAGUCUUCUUUGCUUUUCUGUUUUGUGUGUACUGGAGGGAACGUAACAGUUUGGUGCGGGACUGGAAGUACUUUGUUUUUGCCGAUCUUUUUGAUUAGCAUGUUUUAUUGUUUCAUUUGUAUCUUUUAUAUUCUACCAUAUUCUUGCUGCUUCUUUGUAAUGUUUGUGUACCUCAGGUUAAUUUGGAUGGAUAGAGCGAGAGCUCAUCUCGCAUUACCUCAUCAAACUUCACAUCACUCGCACAUUGUUUUCACUCUGAAUUUGUUGGACGGGUUUCACUUUUUAUUUUUUUAAUUUUUUUUUUUGUUUCCAGUCUGGAUGAGAGGAAGAACAAUGCUUCUUCUCUUUAAAUCAAGAAAUGUCUGCCGCCAGAUUCCACUGAGCAGUUAUAAGUGCCUAUACAUUAAAAUAGGUUGUUUCAUAUAUCUAGGUUAAAAAAAAAAACAGCCCAUACUGUAUGUUAGACAUGCAUUUGAAAGACAAAAAAAAUAUUUGUAAUUUCAUUGGCAUGUUUAGAUCGGUUCAUUGGAAUAAAGUGGAAUAUUGUUGAUUUUUGAGGUACCCAUUUAGUCAAAGUUUAAACCACGAGGAUGUUUUAUCAUUGUUCAGUGUGUUUGGUUUUCUAAACUCCUCUCCCACUAUCCCCAUGUGCAACCACACAGUGUACCUCAACAAUUUCUCCUCAAUAAAUUGGCUAAAAUCA